GAUGGACAAUAGCCACCGUCGAAUGGACAAAAGGAGAAAGCUCAACGACCGCGAUUUGUCGAUCCCAAGAAACUACCCUUCUUCUGAUGAAGAAGAUGAUGAUUUCUUGACCCUUUCUUUGUUCCCUACUGCUACUACUACACCUCCUCCUCCUCCUCCUCCUACUACUCUACCCCGUAACAGCUCCUCCGAACGCCACCACUCUCCUCCUCCGCCGGCGCCACUAGUACGAAGACUACCUCCGCCACGGCCGACGGUUGUUAUCAACUCUCCGCCAAACAAUACUAAUGAUGUUCCUGGAGAUACCUCAGGCGGCGGAUCGCCUUCCCCCGUCGUGGCUUCCUCCUCACGUCAGCCGCGCAGGCGGCGGACCCCUUCCAGAGCCCCACGAGACGAGAAAAUCACGCCGGCGUUCCCCUGGUCCACCGAAGACCGCGCCACCGUGCACACGAUGAGUUACUUGAUCUCGAAGCAAAUCUUCAGUAUCAGCGGCUUGGUCCAGUGCAAGAAAUGCGAGCGUCUAGACACAUUGAAUUUCGAUCUGCGGCAGAGGUUCUUCAAAGUGGCGUCGUACGUGGCUGAAAACAAGUUCAUCAUGUGCCAGCGAGCCCCAAAAUCGUGGAUGAACCCCACCCUCCCCAGAUGCAGGCUCUGCAAGGAAGACAACAGCGCCAAGCCUGUCAUCUCCGAGAAGAAACGAACAAUGAACUGGCUGUUUCUGUUCCUGGGUGAAAUGCUGGGGUGCUGCACACUGGAUCAGCUCAAGUGGUUCUGCAAGCACACCAGGAAUCACCGCACGGGGGCGAAAGAUCGCGUGCUCUUCCUCACGUACAUCGCUAUAUGCAGACAGCUGGAGCCAAACGGGCCUUUCGAUAUUUGAUUGAUUGAUUGAUUCAUCAUCAGCUUGUUUAGUUUUUACGUACGUAGGUUUUAUUU